GUAAUGCGAAACAGAAAACAGGGAAUAAAACUAUGGUACAAAACACUGAAAAGUUCGAAAGGAACGAUGGCCACAAUAAAUCUCUCGUCACAACCACAAACUAUUGCAUUUGAAGUUGAAAACGUAGUUGCUUUCGUGUGUGUAUGUGUGUGUGCAUCGAGCGCGUGGAAUGUUUGUGAUGGUAGUGCUAUAGAAAUAAAUACUGUAGAGAACGUGCAAGCCGCSUCCGUGGACUGGAUUCGCUUUCGUUUCGCUCGGUCCGGCGACGACCGAACGAACCGCCRCAAAGAAAAGAACCGGAAUAGGGGAAAAGGCACGGCCAAGCCUCCAAGAUACCGGCUCUUGACCAGAACGGAUCGUGUCUUCCAAUUGGUCGCCGGCGCGACCGCCGCCCGAGCGGUGUUUCCCUCGGAACCCUUCCGAUGCAUCCUCCACGACCGGUCUGUCGUUCGCGGAKCCUUUGCCCCCAUCCCGAACGAACAGGGACACCGAGAGCGGCUCUUUCGAGGGGUCCACGGACCGCGACAACGGUUCGUCUCGUUUCGUUUCGUUUCGUUUCGGGCCGCAACGGCUUGGCUUGCUUCUCUUGGGAUCUGCAUCGAUCGAGAUCCAAACCGUGUCCAAUGCAAUUGAAUCGUAUCGUGUCAUAUCAUAUCAUAAAUCAUAAAUCAUAAAACGCAUGGUGUCGUGUCGUGUCGUGUCGUAACAAAUCCGCUGCCGUGCGAUGCAAUGCCGGCCCGGAUGGACUGCACCGCACCGCAACGUUUGCGGCACAAACUACCGCGUUGUGUGCGCGUGUGUGUGUGUUCCGCCGUGCCCCACUCCCGAAGCACAACGCCACACCGGAUGCCGCAGACAGGCAGGCAUCCGUCCAC